ACGACAGAAAAAUCGAUCAUCGAGGAAGCGUAAUCAUCUCCUGCACGUCGAUCUGCGACACAGACAUCAUUUUAUCUGUCAAGAAACAUGGCUUUGAGACGAGCGCUGCAUUUUGUUUUCAAAGUUGGUGACAGAGCCAAAACUGCCACGUUUUACCGAGAUGUCCUGGGCAUGAAGAUUCUACGCCAUGAAGAAUUUGAAGAAGGUUGCAAGGCAACGUGUAACGGACCCUACGAUGGAAAAUGGAGCAAGACGAUGGUUGGCUAUGGCCCAGAAGAUGACCAUUUUGUUGCUGAACUGACAUACAAUUAUGGGGUGGGAGAGUAUCAGCUUGGCAAUGACUUCUUGGGUCUCACUCUGCAGUCCAGCCAAGCUGUAAACAAUGCUAAACGUUUGGGAUGGCCUCUUACUCAGGUAGGAGAGGGUCUGUAUCUGACCCAGGCUCCAGGAGGAUAUUCUUUCUACCUUGUGGACAAAGAGCAGCCUCCCAGUGACCCUGUGCAGAAGGUUUGUCUCGGAGUAUCAGACCUCCAAAGAUCGACCCACUACUGGACUACGCUCUUGGGAAUGAAAGUGAUGGAAAAGAACGACGAAAAGAAAACUGUGCUGAUGGGAUUUGGAGACACUCAAUGCAAACUAGAGCUUCAUGAUAACAGCGGGACGGUAGAUCAUGGAACAGCGUUUGGGAGAAUAGCGUUUUCAUGCCCACGGGAACAACUGCCUGACCUUGAAGCCCUGAUGAAAAAAGAAAAUCAGAAAAUCCUCACUCCAUUAGUCAGCCUGGACACUCCUGGAAAAGCCACAGUAGAAGUGGUUAUUUUGGCUGACCCAGAUGGUCAUGAGAUCUGCUUUGUGGGAGAUGAGGCUUUCAGGCAACUGUCCAUGGUGGACCCCAAAGGAAAUGAGCUGCUUGAUAAGGCUAUGGCUGAAGAUAAAAGUGAUGAGUGGUUUGCCAAACACAACAGACAGAAAGCUGCUGCAUGAGAUGAAGUGACUUGCUUGGAUAAUACUGCACCAUCAAUUUCUCACCAGUUUGUAUGAUGACGAGAUGCUGUACAAAGACACCUGUAGUGUAAAUCUCCUUCUAAUGACAAUUUAUCAUGAGACUGGCGGUAUGAGAUUUAUCUUCCCCUGGGUGCAUGCCAUGAGGCACAGUUGUAUUGAAAGCACUUUGUGAAAGGACCAGUUGUUCAAUUUGAUGGACAUUUUUCCAAUAAAUAUUGUUCAUAUCAAUCAGGCAGCGAGGUGGGCAAAAAAAAAUCCAUUUUCAUGUAGCUUAUUCUUGGAAAAUGACAAAAGAUUGUUUUGCUCUUGGGCCCCUGCUGACUCUACUAACUAUGUCUGUACAUUUCAUAUGAACUAAUUAAUUGAUAAGAAUAAUGCUUCUGGCUGCAAGAUUUCAGUGCAACAAAAUUGUCAUGCACGGUCAAGAUAAACUAGAAUAAAAAAGAUAAACAUGACAUUAUAAUGCAGAACCUGCCUUAUUGGUGAUAUUGUACUUAAGUAGUGCAAAUACCAUGCACUUGCAGCCAAUCAAAUGACCAAAAUUCAAUUUCCUUAAAUUUGAUUUUUUUUUUAAAUACAGUUUAAAAAAAGUUAACCCAAAUUUCUCUCUUUUUUUUGUUAUUGCUCCUUUUGUUAAAAUUUUCACUAUUUCACAAGUGAAGCCAAUUUACUCAGGUUUCAAUGGGUUAAUCUACAUUUUGGCAACAGGUAAAAGCAAGUAUAAAGUGGGAGGUUUCAAGAUUUGUAACAUCAGAAAUGUGGCCUUUCACACAGAAUAGCUUUAAUCUUGUUGACAAAAGAAAUAAAAAGAUGGAUAAAUGAAAUUGGAUAAAAUAACUCACAAAUUCAAAGCAGAGACUAAUGACUUUCAAGGCUUAAUAUUUAUAAAACUGAAACCAAGACAGUUUAAGGACCUGCAGACACCCUGUAAAAGCAUUCAUUAUUAUGCAGUAGUAAUACUUGUUGAGUUACACUGAAUAUUAUCAUUUUUUGUAGUUACACACUGUCAGUCACCUGGUUGAAAUAAAAUGUCUAACUUUU